CUAGCGAAGAGUCUCGACUGUCAGACUGUCACCACCAACAUGCGAGUGUUGGUGGUGCCUAUAAGCAUUGUCGUGGUGUUGGCGAUUUGCACCACCACUGCCACAUGGGCUGCUCUCCCUCACCACCAUCAACCUCAUCUUUUCCCCAACCAACGACAAGCGGAGUUCGCGUCGUCUCUGGCCGCCUACGAAGUCAUCACGCCCUUGAGGGUGGACGGCGACGGCUCCUUCCUUAGUCACCAUCUCCACCACACCCACGACAACGCCCACGCCAGGACCAGACGAGGUGCCCGCAUCGAGGAGGAGGAGGAGGAGCCCUCGCCCGACCUCCACUAUGUUGUCACUCUGGAGGGGAAGGAGCACCAGGUCUCGCUCAGGCCCAACAAAAGGUUCUUGGCGCCGCACGCCGUGGUGGAGAGACGCCUGGGUGGAGGAGGAGGAGUAGGAGUAGGAGGAGGAGGCGGUGCCCACGCCACCUUAUCUCGACUACAGGUGGUGGGGUCGCGUCCUUCCUGCCACUAUCAUGGGUUCGUCGCGAACCACACCUCUUCCAGGGUUGCCAUAUCCACCUGCGAGGGACUGACGGGAUUCGUCCUCACGGACGACGACGAGUACCUGAUCGAACCCGUCCGCGGACACGUCCGCACGUCGACGGACCGUCCGCAUCCUCACCUGGUCUACAAGCGGUCGGCGUUACCUUCCGAGGGGGAUCGACAAGAGGACACCUGUUCCUCCUCAGAAUCCUACAAGGAAGGCAUCCUCGCCCGCGCCAGGUGGGAGAGAGAGACGCGACGUAGCAGCAGAGACGUGGAGGACGUCGAGGCCGAGGAGGAGGAGGAGGAGGAGGGGAACGGGUCUGGACGUCGUAGGAGGACGAAGAGGAGCGUCAGCGUCGAGAGGAACGUGGAAGUGACGGUGGUCGCCGACAAGAAGAUGGUCGACUACUACUCCAAUGAAGACAUCACCACCUACAUCCUGACCGUCAUGAAUAUGGUAUCGAGCGUGUACCACGACGCCAGCAUCGGGAACGCCGUCAACAUAUACGUGGUCCGUAUCAUGCUCCUAGAGGACCCGCAGUAUGAGGAAGAGCUGGACAUCAGCCACAACGCCGACAACACCCUCAGGAGCUUCUGCACCUGGCAGCAGAUGAUUAACCCAGGCAACGAGACUCACCCUUAUCACCACGACGUGGCAGUGCUUAUCACAAGGUAUAACAUCUGCAGCAAGAUGACUGAGAGGUGCUCAACUCUUGGCGUCGCGGAGAUCGCGGGCAUGUGUCAGCCCCUUCGCUCUUGCAAUGUCAAUGAGGACACGGGUCUCCAGAUCGCCUACACCAUAGCGCAUGAACUGGGCCACAACUUCGGCAUGAACCACGACGGGCCCCAGAACGGAUGCGAGAGCCAGUACGGGGUCAGCCAGCACGUGAUGUCACCUCACCUGACCUCGGAGCCCAUCCCCGUGACCUGGUCCAACUGCUCCCGGCAGGAGAUCACCCACUUCCUCGACCGAGACUGGGGCGCCUGCUUGGAGGACGAGCCUCCCCAGGUGGAGUACACCUUUCCGGAACUUCCCCCAGGGGCCAUGUACGACGCGGACCACCAGUGCCGCCUCAGCUUCGGGCAGGAGGCCACGCACUGCUCGGGCAUCGAGGGCAUCGAGAGAGUGUGCCAGACUCUCUGGUGCCACCUGGACAACCGGUGCAUCACGCGGAUGGAGCCGGCCGCCGAGGGGACGCAGUGCGGCGUCCACAAGUGGUGCGUGAUGGGACGUUGCGUCCCGAUGGGCGAGAGACCAGCGGCCAUCCACGGGAACUGGGGGUCGUGGUCCAACUGGUCCGAGUGUUCCAGGACCUGCGGGGCUGGAACGUCUUCCGCCAUCAGGCACUGUGACAAUCCUCCCCCAGCUAAUGGCGGCAGGUACUGCACGGGCGAUCGGAAGCGGUACCGCAUUUGCAACACGCAGGAUUGUCCAGACAACGGCGUUAGUUUCAGAGCUGUUCAGUGCUCGGCCUACGACAAGCAGUUAUACAAAGGCGCUGAACACACCUGGUUACCUGUCAUGUUCGACCAUGCUCCGUGCCAGUUGGACUGCAAACCUGACAACGAGUUCUACAGCGUCAAGUUAGCCGACACAGUCCUGGACGGGACGCCUUGCAAGCCAGGCACCAGGAACAUGUGCAUCCACGGCAUGUGCAAGCGCGUGACCUGCGACUGGACGAUUGAGGGCAGCGCCCAGGCAGACCGCUGCGGCGUGUGCCACGGGGACGGCACCCAGUGCAUCACCCACAGGGGCGUCUUCAACGUCACCCAAGGGUCAGGCUACGUCCCGGUCUUCACCUUCCCCCUGAACGCGACGAACAUCAGGGUGCAGGAGAUCGACGACGCCGCUAACUACAUGUCCGUCAGGGACAACAAGACCGGCAAGUCUUUCCUCAAUGGCAACUGGAUCAUUCAGUGGUCGGGCGAGUACCACGCGGAAGGGGACAUGAUGUACUACAGUCGGGAAGGAGAGACCGAAGAAUUGUAUCUCCCCGGACCGCUGAGCAGAGCUCUGACAGUCUACCUUCUGUUCCAAACGGAGAACCCAGGUUUGGAAUGGGAGUACACCCUGCCCCACGAGAAUGUCACGUACACGCCCGAGUUCAAGUGGGAGCAUUCUGAUUGGUCCGUUUGCUCUGUCACCUGUGGAGGUGGCAAGCAGGUGUCAAAAGUUCAGUGCAUGGAAAAGGAAGCGGGCUUAGUCGAAGAUAAGUAUUGCAUUAAUCAAACUCGACCGGAGGAUCGAUCUCGCGUGUGCAACACCCACGCAUGCCCAGCCUGGUGGUGGUCCGGCCCAUGGCAGCCGUGCUCUGUGACUUGUGGCGAGGACGGAACGAGAAGGCGCACUGUGAUCUGCGUGCGGUCGUUUGGUCCUACCGAACAGAUGGCGUUGCUGGAUUCAGACUGCGACGACAGCGCCAAGCCUCACGAACUGGAAAUGUGUGGGCUGCUUCCCUCUUGCCCAGAGUACCAGGACUGGAGUGUUGGCCCGUGGACCCAGGCUUGUUCACUUGACCCUUGUGAUUAUGAAGAGAGGGAUGUCAAAUGUGUAGCUACAGGGAACGACUGUGACCCCUUGACAAGACCUGCUGAUCGGCGACAGUGUGGAAAUAUUACUUGCGGUUACUGGGAUGUUGGAGAAUGGUCAAAGUGUUCUGCAGUCUGUGGGGAAGGGGCUCAAUUCCGACGAGUGUCUUGCAUUGGUGGACUGGCCUGUAGAGAGAGGGAUGAACCCGUAAGUUUCCAGAACUGUACAGGAGAAUGCCUGGAAGAGGAAACAGUGCUUGAAGUUGAGUCAGAAAGCACAACUACCCCAGUACCUGCUACAGUUACAUCUACUGUUUUAGUACCUACAACUGUCCCCUCAACAAUUCCAACCCCAGUAUUCACCCAGUUGGGAUUAACAACAACUCCAUCGGUCAUGUCAGAGUUUACUCCUGAGGAUUCUGAAGAUACCACCCAAGCUCCUAUAUCCAGUAUUGGAACACUACCUCCAAUUUCUACUACUACCAAUAGCACUAUCACUGAUGCAGAAGCCGUGGAGACUGUUAUUUUAACGACCUCUCCACCUUCAGUCACUCAAACAGCCGUCGUGCCAAAUGAAACCGCUAUUACAACAACAGAACAAACAGUGACUGUUCCGGCUACCAUUGAAGAAAGGGAAGAAGACAUGACAGGACCAACUGUGAUCCCAACCACUUCCAAAGUUGACAAUACGACACAUCUAGAUUAUGAAACUCAUUCUGAAGAGAUUGAUUAUGAAAAUAGUACAAAAAAUAUCACUGUUGACGACGAAACUACUUUAAGUGAAGAUUAUGGACUUGAUGAAGCUGAUCCUUCGAGUACUACGCCAUUUGAAACUGAAUCUACAGGUAAAGACUCUAACUCAAGUGUAGUGAACAGCACAACAACAGUUAAACCAGCGUCUGAAAAUUCAAGUACAGUUAAAACACUACUGACAGACAGCAUCACUUCUGAAUCUGAAAACGAAGUGGAUGUCGAUACAAUUCCUGGAGAAGUGGACCUCGAAAAGAUGGUUUCAGAUGAACCAAUUAAGGCAUCUCCAACAGUAAAGAUGAAUGAAGAAAAUGAAAAACUAGCUGAGGAACAAGAGUCACCUACAGAGGAGAUAAAAGCAGAAUCAACUGAUGAAGAUAUAGAGAUGCUUCCUGAGAAAAAUGAAACUGUUGUAGAACCUCAGGAGACUAUUCCCGAGGAGCUAGAAACAAUUUUAGAGGAAGCAGACAUUAAUUCUGAGGAACAAGAACAAGAUAUUAAUGUACAGGAACCACUUCCUACUGAACAGGAAACAGUAGUGGAAAGUAACUCCUUAGUGAAUGAGUCUUCAACAGAAGAUUCAGAAGAAGAGCGACCUUCAGGGAUUAUUGAAGACAAAAUCAAUAUGGAAGACUUCGAAGUUAUAGAGGUUAUUGAAGUUAAAGCAGAAGGCAAAAGGAAGAAAGACAAGAAGAAGGUCCUUAUUCACACUGGUGAAGAGGCAGUGGAUGUGCUGUACGACUUGGCUGAAGAGCAAGCAGCCAAGAGAAUCCCAACUACACCAGAACCUAAAGAGCAAGGACCACUAUACACUUGGCUCGUUGGAGAAUGGUCUGAGUGCACAGCAGAGUGCGGAGGUGGUGUGCAGAGCCGAAAUGUCUAUUGCCUCGAGGAAGUCGCUGGUUCUCCUGUCGACCAGAAGUUUUGCGAGGAAGAGAUGCCUGAUCUUGUCCAGUCUUGCAAUGAACCGGAGUGUGGAGAAUGGGUAGUUGGAGAAUGGGAGGAGUGUUCUGCGGAAUGUGACCUGGGUGAGAGGCAGAGAUCCGUUACUUGUCCAGCAGACAAACUGUGUCACAGCCACUCUCAGCCACCGGAGGUCGAGCCAUGCAACCUGAAACCUUGUGCUGAGUGGGUGGAGGGACCUUGGAGUCUUUGUACAAGGUCAUGCGGUGGGGGCUACCAGAUUCGCCAUGUUAAGUGCGUCGAUACCAGGACGCAGGAGCCUGCCCGGACUUGCCCCAGGGAGACGAAACCAAAACACAAGAUGUCAUGUCACAAUCAGCGUUGUCCGAAGAAGGAGAGAGGGCAGCAGAAGCGUUGCCGGGACCACAUGGACACCAAGCUGUGCAAGCGCCUGAAGCACAUGUGCAGCACCAACUUCUUCAGAAUCAAGUGCUGCCGGACCUGCUUCAAGAAGCACCUGCUGGCGCAGACCGUCGAAGGGAAAUAACGCUGGUGGUUCUAACUUAAUUCGGUGUACAUAGGAACAUUAUUCGUUGUAAGAGAUAAACUACGCAGAAUUCUAAGACGUCCAUUAGAUUAAAUGAAAAGUAUUGAAUGCUGUGAAGAAGAUCGGAAGAAAUUUCUGAUUCGUCCUGCAGUUUUUCUUCUUUGAUUGCCACCCGCUCGUGUCUUCUUCGAGUUUUCGUAAAAAGAGUUCAAAAAAAGCUAUUUUACCCUUCGUAUGAUAUAGUUUUAGCGACUUUUGACUAUGGAUUGUAUUUUAGUAUAUGGUUUGCUAAAGACUAGGUUUAUAGAUAACAUCUCGGGUGUUAAUGAAAUACAAUAUUUUUUAUUGAUUUUAUCGUUUUUACUAAAAAAAAAUCAUAGUGUCCACUUACGUGUACCUUGUUAGUUCUACUCUGCUCUCUUCUUGAUCUCGCGAAGAGGGCAUCAAGUGUACUUGAUGCUGAUAGACCCAGUACCCAGUCAGCCGAAUAUUUGAUAAAAUGAGAAAGGUUUUAUAUAAAAAGGCCUAGUAUGUCUAUAAAGCGUUUUAUUUCUGGAAAAAAAAACCGCGAGCGAAAAGCAGAAGGGAAGGAAUAACUUCUUAGUGAAAUUUGAAGACUUUCCUCAUCACUCGAUGAACCAGUUAGACAUCAAGAGACGGUGGUAGGAGAAAGGAGAAAUGUCUCGUCUCUCGUCUCUUGAACGGUAAAACCAACAGCAUCCCUGUUCGUCUGUUCUUCUGUCAGUGACGCGCAAAACAAAUCCGUUGUCUAGAUGUGUGAACGACUGUUCGCGUUUUUUAUAUUUUCGUUUCGUAUUUAUCCAGGUUCGACGUCAUUAUCUCUCCGCGUCACAUUGGCGAGUGAAUUCGAGCGUCCUACUCUCUCUCUCUCUCCUCUCUCUCUCUCUCUCUCUCUCUCUCUCUCUCUCUCUCUCUUCUGUGCUCCGUAUCGUUUCAAGGAAUCGUAACGAGUAGAGGAUUUACGAGUUCACGCGAUGCCGAGUGUGUCACAGUGUCGUAGUGCCAAUGCGGCACUCCUCCGAGCGAGAGGACUUUCGACGAACCUGUCGAAAUCCACCUAAACACCUCCCGGAGGAACCGCGUCCGUCACGAAAGUCAUUCGCGAAUGAGAGUCAUAGAAAGUAUAAUGCAUGUCAAAGGCAUCAUAAAAAGAUAGGGUAAUUCUAGGCAGUAGCUCCGCACGGUCUAGAAACGGUCCCGCGUAUAUGACAGCCAUUAGGGGGAUUGGGGCGUCCAGUAUAUGUCGCCAUGUUUAGUUCUAGCCCCUGGGGGUUAAUUUACAGUCGACUCCACCAAAAAAUAACGGUAAAUUCUUCAUAAGCAACCCAAAUAUUACAGGAAACUAAUUUCCAAAGAAAUACUCGACGCGGAGUUAUUACCAAGAUCUUACCAAGGUUAUUUUUUAUCUUUUUUUCCCGUAGAGAAAGCUUUUCUGCAUGCUUCAGAAACACGUCUAGAGAUCUCAGCUUUUGGGUGGGAAAUGCGAAGUUGUGGAGUAAUGUUCGGUUCAGGUAUUAUGGCACAAGGAGAGAGGGAUUUUGAUUAUGUAGAUGUGUGGGCAUUGAUACCCCGAGAGUGUAUAUUCUGAACCUUUGGUUGGAAGGACUGAAGAGAAGAAGGGAAGGUGGUAGCUACUCUGGCUAGUUAUCUAUGCGUCACCUCCGAGGUGCUAGUACUAAACAUGGCGGAAGCUCAAUGGGACGCUGUGUUUAGUACUAGCCCCUCGGGGGUUGAAGUAUUAUAUAUCCAUUUCUAUAUAGCGUGGUCGACAAUUAUUAAUUAAUGAAUAAACUAUAUCUUUGAUUCCCGAGGGGCUAGUACUAAACACGGCGUCCCAUUGAACUUCCGCCAUGUUGAGUACUACUAACACCUCCGAGGUGACGCGUAGAUAACAAGCCAGAGUAACACCGGAAGUAGUCUGAUCGGAUUUGGGAAGUCGUACGUCUAGACUCUAGAAUGUCGUAGCUGACCAAUUAAAACCCAACGUAGAAAGACAAGAUGAUGAUUGUUAUUUAACAAAUAGAGUAUAAAACGAGCUUUAAGAGUUACCGGUGAAAGUCUUGCCUGUGCCUUAUAUAGUAGUCGGUCGUUACUUGCAUUAGUAUCUAGAGAAUACCUGAACAUUAGUACAAGUGUCCCUUCCCCGGGGGGACUCCGGAGGCAAAUGUACACAUCGUUAUUCCUGGGUGUUUUCUGAUUGUAUACCUUGUACCCAACCUGUGUCUGUUAGAUGAGGGCACUCCAUAGCCAUGGUUAGGAAUGCUGUCUCUAGCGGUCGGUAUCACGGAGAUGAACUACAGAGAGCGUGACAAAAAAAAAUAAUGAUAGCUACGGUACAGUUGGUUUUUCGUACUACCGUUGUCAUUCCACGGGUAACCAUGGUUAGCAGAGUACGUAAUGGUUAACUUCUCACCAUUAUCACCAGCACAGAACGGACUUUCAUGUCAUUUAUGAUAAUUGGGAAUGAAUGUGGCCAUUGGUGCAUGAUAAGUACGAAAUUGUGCAAAGUGUUGGCACUGACUCGACUGAGUUACGGGUCAGUUUCUCAUCGUCUCUAAAAAAAGUGCAGCAGGAACGAAGCAGACUCUGGUUGUAAAAACAUCAUCGUUUUUUAAAACGUUUCAGACUCUGAAAAUGUGAAUGAACCAAAUAUAAAUAUAUCCUAAAUCAACA